AUGUCUCGCCUUCUGGCAAAGGGCCUCGUACUUGCAACACUAGGACGAUUCGCCCUUGCACAAAUCGACAUCUCUGCUGUUGCCGAAGCCGGUCCUCCUCCUACCCCUAUCAUCGCCAUCAAUGUGCCCUCUCAGGUGAUCAAGUACAACCAUGUCGCGGUGGAGACUGCCGCCGCUGCCGAACAGAGUGCAGAGGCCAAUUCCGAUGAGACCCCUGGCGUGAAGAAGAGGGCUGCUUGCGAUCCGCAGUGGCUCGGCAGUGGCCCAGUCCCAACUCCUGACACAUUCGAAGCCUUUCAGCAGAACCAGGCCAUGAAGGAUGUCGCCAACAAUGCACCCACUCCUCCUGGCUACAAGCUUGCGUACAAGAACCUGAACUCCACCGCAAAUGCGCUUGGCUAUAUGGGCUUUACUCUCUUAGACAGUUACGAUGUCCUGGCUUGUGCCAGCAAGUGCAAUGUCAUUGAUGGCUGCGCAGCAAUCAACAUCAACUUCGAACGUAGCCCUUCCAAGGAUCCGUCACCUUUCGGCGGAGCAUGCGAGCAGCCGCCUACAACGAACCUCAUCAAGUGCGUCUUCUGGGGAGGUCCAGUGAGUGUUGCCAAUGCCGUCAAUGACGGUCAAUGGCGGAAUAACUACCAUGUCGUCAACGCCGGAUCCAAUGGGUACACCAACCAGACUGUUGACGAUGUAGCCGGUUUCACGUUACCUGGGUUCUUGGGAAACCGUAUCCUCAAUCCACCAAAUGACUGCCAUGGCCAAAGUAGUCUCGUCAGCAGCCAGUACUGGAAUGACGGCUUGCCGUAUGACAGUCGUCGAUGCGCUGCUGCUUGUAAUGCUCAGCUAUCAGCUGACCCGGAUCACCCUUGCUACUUCUUCAAUACGUAUAUCGUGUCAAAGAAUGGCCAACCACAGGGCCAAUACUGCGCCAUGUACUCGCAGCAGUGGAAGGAUUCCGAUGGUACCCAGAGCGAAACCUAUCUCAACGGCGACAAAUAUACCUUCUCGUACAGCUACUCGUUCGCAAACUUGACGAACAAUGGUCUGCCGUGCGGUGCUACUCCUACUUCGACCAGCUCAAGCGCUGCGCCGAGCAGCACGGCGGUCACUUGUCCCGGCUCGAACGGCACGACAGUUGUAUCUCACGGCAAGUCAUUCCUGAUCGAAUGUUUUAUUGACCACUCUGGGGGCGACAUCGGUGGCGUCAGCGUCGACAGCUUCCAGGCAUGUAUCGAUUCAUGCGCCACCACAUCUGGAUGCGUGGAUGUAUCUCUCUCAGGAGGUGCCUGCUACAUGAAGGGUACUCUAGGCGACGCUCAUGACAAUGGAGGUGUUUGGGGUGCCAAACUCGUCGAUGCUUCCACAAGCUCUACGUCCUCUACGAGUGCGACAACAUCGACGACCUCGACGUCGUCUACAAGCUCGACUCCGGCAUCGACGUCGUCUGUCCCUGCUACGGUAGAGUCUGCGCCCACAAGCACCAGCGCCAGCAGCAGUAGUACAAGUACAGACUCGAGCACCAGCGCAACCACCAGUACCAGCACCACAUCAACAGCCAGCGAGCCGUCUACAUCUACAAUCUCAACGUCGGCCACGCCCACAAGUACUGCUACUGUGGAGGCAGAGAUUAGCACAAGCACUUCGUCGACUACAUCGGAAACAUCGGCAGAUUCGUCCACCUUGACGUCUGAAUCGACCACAGCUCCCACAUCUUCGGACUCUGACUCUUCAACCUCUACCUCUACCACAUCAGACAACAGUCCAACACCUACGCCCACGGAUACAACCACUACCCGUCCUCCAGAUGAGACGUCCAUCUCCACGUCAACGUCAACUACUGAGGACUCCACGUCAAGCACUAGCUCCUGCUCUCCCUCCUCCACGCCGGGAGAGGUGUUGAUCGCACCUGGAUGUGACCCACUCUGGACACUGCAGGGCGUCUCUGAGGACGGCGUCAACCAAGCUGGCACCGCCUUCUCUGCCAAUAUUUCAAAGCGGCUACCCUAUUCAGAUGGCAAUGGCGAAGCCUUCUUUCAAUAUCUUCCCUACACAAACGUGGACAUCAAGGCCAUCACUCCAGAUGGCAAGUUCGCUGAUGCCGAGGGCGUUUAUACCGGCAGCGGAUACUACACCCUGCAAGUCGCCGACUUCAGCGGCGCACAAGAUGGCAACUGGGACUUCUCCGGUGGCAGCAAAGACGGAUGGAGCGGAAGUGGUGACGUCUAUCAAUCUGAACAAUACCCAUGUCUGCAGAGCCAAGGCAUAUGCGACUACGACCAGCCCAUCCAAUUCCCUGAUCCACUGCCUUGGUGGCCAUGGCUACCAUGGUUUUGCGACAACCCGGACCAGAUUUUUGGAUGUUUCUGCUUCGACUUUGAAGACUUCUGGUGUGGUCUUGACUUCUACUGCGAAAAUGAUGAGAUCUGCAUUCCUUUCCUCCCUUGCUGUUUCCCAGUCCUACUGAAGCGAGAGUCUGGCGGCGCAACAAUCCCGAGAGCGCUCAUUGAGCGUCAAGCAGCCGGCUCAUCAGCUUCCAGUGGCUCCAGCAAUGGCACCUCAAGCGCUGACCAAGCCCCUCAAUACGGUGCUGUUGCGAACAUGACUGAGUUCAUCCAGAAGCUUUCAGCCAACGUUCAGCUGCGCAAGAACGAUUCCAACGUCGUCGACGGCUCCAAGGUCCAGAAGAAGAACGUGUCAUCAAUCCUAACAACACUUGCCAAAGAUCCAAAGAUCACGCCGAGCGCCAACCUUACCGAUGGAGUUGCACCCACGGCCAAUAUUACCCGCAAGCGAGAUUCUGCUUUGGCUUUGUUCGGCCGAGAUCCUGAUGACUCCGAUCUCUUCAUUAGGACAAGUAUGCCACGCCACUCACCAAUACAAGAGACAGCCAUUAACUUUGAAAUAGAUGGAGUUGCACAAGUGACCAACACUGCUACGUUCAACGUGGACUCUUCGACGAGGGCUGUCUUCAUCCGAUUCAAGUUUAUCACUAGCGAGUUUAGACGCAUCUUCGGAACGAAUGACGAUGACUUUGUUGUCACCAUCAAGUCUGACAAGGGCGAUACAGUCAGGAAGACCGUCAACACGAUUCCUCAGUACCAGGUCGACGAGAAUGGUGCCACCGACUGGAUGGAGUUGAAGCUGACACUCUCACCCGGAGCAAGUAAGGUCCGUUUCGAUAUGUCGGCUGAGAACAGGUACGACAGCGAUUACGAUUCCGCACUGGUCAUUGACAAGGCGGGCUUCGUUGGUGGGUGCAGCAGUUGUGGCAACUGCGAUGAGUGCUCCUCGGAUCCUAUUUGCAGUGACACUUGCCAGAGCCAGCAAUUUGGCACUUGCUCUUUCUACAGUGACUGCAUGGAGAGCAGCAAGGCCUGCUACGGUGACCCAUCGAGUUAUGCAUUGUCUUUUGGCGAGCAGAAUUGCAACCGAUACCUUACGAGCAACGUUGGGUCAACUCUCAGCGGGUCAGGUCGUUUCUUCGCUCAGUCUGCGAUGAACUGUGUCCAGAAUGCUCUGCGACCCGUGGUCAACUGUGGCGCCACUUGCUCAAACCUCGAACAGGUGGCAUUCGGCGCCCAGCAAAGCUGUUACCUGCAGAGCGGAUUCUGCAGCUCGGCACUUACAUGCCAGGAUUACACGGUCGCAUUGAUGGCUUUAGGACACGAGAAACGCAUGCUCGAUAUACUAAGACAGACAGCGACCGCAGGGAACAACAACUGCCCGUACUCCAUCAAGACCAGCCUGGAUUCCUGCUAUGACUGGCAAGUUCCUUCGAAAGCCAGGAAGGUUGUCUGGGCGGCAUACUUUGGCACUUCGUACAGCUCCGUCACGCAGGACGACAUUGAUCCUUGUGGAACCCAGGCUCCCGUAUCGUCGUACACGCCCGAUCCGACUCCAUAUCCGACUCCAGAUCCAACGACAUACACCGAUUGCGGUGCUGGUAACAGCAACGGCGACAAUUGCGUGUGCGGUACCAAUGUCGAUGGCGUGGCGGCCUGCUUCCGAGGUGCUACCCCUUGUAACGGGCAGGACUGCAAUGUCGACUCAGACUGUGGCGCCAAUCAGUACUGUCUGAACGCGAACAGUUGCUGUGGGUAUCCUGUCUGCGUGGAUCUGGACGUCUGCCGAAAUACGCUGAGCUCGAGGGAGAUCUUCCGCAAGAGAAAUCUUGACGAGAACGGCGAGCAAUGGACGGCGACCUAUGUGCCCACAGCCAUGCGGGCUAAGAUGAUGAUGACCUGA